GUGCUCUUGAGUGACGGCAGCCUGCACAGUGCAGUCGGGCCUGGGCGAGACCAGAUUUUCCAUUCUGCAGGAGGAAGCCGCCAGCGCGUGCUUUCAAGGAGGCUUGAUCAGCUUUAGAAGAAGUCCUCUUACGAUCUCAGCAGGACGUUGCGUCACGUGACAACCCACCGCCUAGCUCGCUAGCCAGGCCCCGUAGAUCCUUGCUUGACAUUACUCCCUUGCUUGCAUCGAUCCACUUCACCACUUCACGUAAUGUAGAAAAGUGACGUGUGGCGCUCUUGCAAAAUAAAGUAAACGCAAACGUCGUGAUUGCAUCAGCUUUUCAACCAGACUGCAUUUCUUGGAUAAGGAUAAGGCUAGUGACUUGAUGGAGGUUCUGCGGAGCCGCGCCCUUAUCCCUGUCCAAGAUGAAAAGGAGAAUGCUGUCCUUGGCAAAGGCAACUUCAAAGAGGGCGCCGGCUUCCCUUCUGCCUCCAAGCCUGGCAUGCAGUCCCGCAAGGCUGGAUCCACCAAGCAAGUAACCCUGCUGGUCCCUGAAAACCCUGGGCUGUCAGCCAAGACUCCCGGCCCUUCUGCAAAGACCCCUGGUCGGAGGGCCCUAGGAGAUAUCACUAACGCAGGGCAAGGCAGCAAGGCAGCCAAGACCCCAAAGCUCAAGGCAGACGGCCUCAAGGCAGUGCAGACGCCGGCAAGGAGGGCCCUUGCAAACAUCACCAAUCAGGCCCAAGUGCAGUUGCAGAGAAAGGCUGAGCAGGGGCUUAGGGAAACAGUAGCAGAGAAGGCGGUUGAGGUUGAGGGGCUGGUUAGCACUGCUAGAGAGGCUGCGAGCGACAGGGAAAGGAGAGCCGUCAGGCGGACGGCGAAUGGGAGGAGGAUAGUGGCGGGGGUGAAGCUCCGGUUGAGCGCCCAGGAGAAGGCGGAGAUUAGGGAGAGGGCGACAAUGCUGGCGGAGACGGGGAUCGAGCACGUGCAUGUGACGGGGCAGCAGGUGGAGGAGCUGCGCGCCAGGCAGGAGGAGAAGGACGUGACAGGGAGCAUGCGACGGCUGCUGGGCUUGGACAAUGAUGACCGUCCUUUUGUCUUUGAAACAACCUCUGCAUCUGACCUGGCCCCUGCUGACGAUGAGAGCCGGCUCGAGCCUAUCGAUGUGUCACAGCCGUCCUCCCCCGACUUCAAAGCAACAGCUCGCUCCUCGGCGCUCAGCACUUUCGACGACAACGACAUUCUGCGGGCGUCUCUUGACGUCCUUCCCUCGCUGUCUGACCGGGAGCUGGACUUCGACUGGCAAGACGAAGACAUGGAGGUCGAAUCGGACGCGGACUGAGUCGCCUCUAUUCCGCAACCCGGCCUCCUAAAUCGAGUCCGCAUACUCGUAAAUUGUCCACAAUCUUUCAAGUUUACUGUUUUACUAAAAGGAUCAGGCGGGUUCGGUGGAUGUUGAUAGUGACUUUUUUAAAAAAGGCGAUACCUGCUACUGAGGAG